AUGGAGGGCAUGUGGAACAAAAUCAAAUGGCUGGAUGCCAACAAGAGCCUCAAACAAAAUGAAUGGAAUAGAAAAUGGACAGCCAUCAAGAACUGGAUGUAUAACAACAGUCAGUCCUGUGCAUGGAAGGCCCUGGUCAAGUAUGGCUCCAAAUGGAUGGCCCUAAAGGUGAUCAAGCUGCAGCACAAGAAGGAUAUCUGGCAAGCACUUGUGAAGGCUGGAAUACAUCCAAGGACAUUGGCUAUGAUCAAACACUAUCAGCCAGCUGUUCAGAAGGUAGUCCAGUCAUUGACCAAGGCUGAAUUGGACCAGGCAGCCCAUUUGGUGAAAGAGUGGAACAAGAGAAAGCCACCACCCAAAGCCCAGGCAGAGGUGGCAACAAGUAAGGGCUGGAAGUAUGCAAAACAGUUUGUGUUUGACAUGUGGAAGCAGUGUGGGAUGAGAGUGGUGAUCAUGUUGGUAUGGAAGGAUAAGGAAGGUGAAGUGAUGGGUGGAGUGAAUGACUUCAAUGACAAGCUGGGUGAUGGAGAGCUCUAUUCAGAUUGGAAAGACCUUCAUGGAAAGUGGUCAGCCUAUGCAAAGAAGGCCUUUGGGGCCAAUGGUACAGAGGAUGGCAGUGGAGAGGAUGAGGCUGGUCAAACCACAGUAAAAGCAUGGAAAGGAAAAAAACAGUCUCAAUUGUCCCUGUCCACCAAUGACAAUGGCAUGCCCAUUCUUCCAAAUCUCUUGGACUUAUGGACACUGGAAUUAAAGGACAUCAUGAGGGUGUUUAUAACUGGCCAUUAUCAUACAUGCCAAUUUCCAUGGUUGAUGAGUUACUAA